UUCUGGCAUCUCUGUCGUGUGGUUAUGUUCGAUGCUGUUUGAAUUCGGCUGUCGAAAACGAGGUUAGGCUACAGUUCCUUACUUUUUUAGUUAAAUCGUUCAUCUUCACAAUUCGCGAAUCUAUGUAAAAUGCCGAUAAAGUAUAUUGGCCGGACAACCACUUUCAAAGGGAAACCUUUGUGGGAGAUCUUAGGAAAUUUGAAGAACUAUGGAAUAGGUAGAAUAAUUGUACGAAGCCAGCACGAACGAUAUCCCGAACCAUCUUACAUAAAAAUAUUAAAAGUAGCCGCACUACCACAUGUUACUGAUAAUCCUCAUUACCCUCGAAAAAUAGUGGCUCUUGUUGAAAAAACUUUUAGAGGUAAAACAGCCAACAAACCUGUCCAAAUAGAGUCGGUAAGUUAUAAGGCAGAUUAUAUUCUGAUACCUAAAGAUCAGGAGGAAUGUUAUUUGAAUGCUAGUAAGAAAGUGCCUGAAAAAAUCUUGCCAAGGACAACAAACUUUCCACCUCUUCUAAAGGAACUCUUGAUUCGCCAAGCAAAACAAAAGGGAGAACCUCUUACGGAGGAACCAAAACUUACGAUUAAAUAUAAUUUACAAGGCAUUAAACAUUAUAGAAUCGCAGAAGAGAAUGAAACCCCCACACAUAAUAUUGACAUUACGAAAAGUGCUACUUUGUACUUAGACGAUAAAUGUGAAAACUUGCCGUGAAUUGGUCUCAAUAUUUUAUACGACUAUCUAAUUUUAUAGAUUAAUAAAGGUCGAAUGUUUUUUAUACAUCAGGAACCAAUUCAAGCGUCAUCAUUGUCUCGUAGAUUUAAAACGUAUCUUUCGUUCUCGCGAUGCUCGCUUUAUUCGCAUAAACCAUCCAGCGAUAUUUUUUGCAACGAUCCGAAUCGUCGUCCAUUAUACCAUCACCGUUGAUUUGUACUUCACCUGCGAGUGUAUUAAAUCUACGAUUGCUGCAUUUAAAUUUAGACACAAAGAAUAAAAAGAUACUUACCUGGAAUACGAAUUCUUUGUUGCUCAAUGGUGCUGGUCGUCUCUUUUCGGGUCAAAUUUUUCGCAGCGAUAUCCUAGCGUUAUGAGAAUUUUUAAAUCGAUCACAAAAUAUAACAACAUAAUAUACAGCUGCGGACAAAAUUGAGUGGACAGGUAAUUUAAAUAGUACUAUUGUUAUAAUAAAACUU